CAGGGAAGCAGGGGAUUGGCAAGGUCAACGAGCUGGGUUCUAAAGGAGCAGGGAUGCAGAACAGAACUGGCCUGGUUCUCUGUGCCCUUGCUCUCCUGAUGGGUUUCCUGGUAAUCUGCCUGGGGGCCUUCUUCAUUUCCUCAGGCUCGAUGUUCAACUGUCAGAGGAACCUGAUAGUGGCCUAUUUGCUUCUGCCUCUAGGGUUUGUGAUCCUUUUGAGUGGAAUUUUCUGGAGCACCUACAGCCAGGCAAGUGAAAGCAAAGGGUUGUUCAGCCACGUGCUCCGACAACACCUUGCUCAUGGGGACCUGGCCUUGGCCACAGUGGACAGGCCAGAUUUUUACCCUCCAGCUUAUGAAGAGAGCCUUGAUGCUGAAAAACAGACCUGCCCUGCAGGGGGACAGGCCUCUGAUAUUCCUCCACCCCUGUACACAGAGAUGGACCUUGAAUUCAGAGAUGAAAAUGAGACCCAACCAGAGGCUCCACCAUCCUACAGAGCAUCUGUGACUGACAGGGCAGCCACAGCAACGUCUGAGGCUCCUGAGAGGUCAAGCCAAGAAUGCUGAGGGCAGGAAACACUCUCAGCACUUGUGACACACCCUCACGGGAAUCAGCUGCUAAUAAUAAACUCAGUCAAGGGACUGUGGGAAAGAAACCAUGUCAGUGACCUGCACCGGACCUCGCCUAGGGGAUGCUCAGAAGAGGCCAGGGUAGGCUGGGGCCUUGGAAGAGUGUGGUCAGCACUGAGUGUGAGCAUUUCGGAGGAUCCCACCACGCCCAGCCAGGAGGAGCCUUUGGACUGCAGAGGCGUUGGUGGUGAGCGCUGGGCUCCACAGAGCUGCUUUCUGCUGUCAUUCAACUCCGCACCCAUCACCUCUGCCCCAAACAGGGAGGCAUAUAUGCUUCAUUUACUGUACUUAAUAAUUACAGGAAAGUACACUGGAAAUGAAGGGUCAUUGUCGUUUAAAUUUUGCAUUGCUCAGUGUCUUCACAGUUGGUUUCAUAGUUUUGCCCAUUUGCCAUUUAUCAAAGUGACACAGUAAUUCAUAUCCUGGGAGAUUUGCUCUUGGAAUCCAUGAAUUUUAUUUUAUUUUGAUUACAUCUUUUUUUUUUUUAAUCUCUAUUUGAAAGGAAAGUGGCUGUAAUAUUUGCUUUCAAAAUUGUUCAAAUACAAAAUUUUAAAUGAGUAUUUUUAAAUGGACCCUCAUACGAGCACAUAUAGUAAGAUUUCUUAUAGACCUAAAUUGAAUAGACAAUAUACUUAGGAAUUCAUAAUACACAGAAUUCAGAAAAAAGAAUUUGAACUACCACAAAGAUAGCAGUGAAUUAGAAUUUGAUAUAAAUCUUGAAAAGUUUUUAAUAUAUCUUCUAAAUCUUUUUGAAAGAUAGGAGACUAGAGUGAAGUACCUUGAUCACUGGUAGGAAAUUCUUUGUGUCUCAAAAUACAGAGGCAUACAUUUUUAGACUUAGGACAUUUAUUUUAAAAUCCAAUGAUUACUCCUCAGCUUCAUUUCUCUGGGCCUCAGUUUCCUCUUCCAUCAAGUGAGGAGUUUAUGCUAGGAUUAAUAUUUAACAUUUAUGGAAUGCUUUUUACAUGUCAAGCACUGUACUUUUUAUGCAGUUUGUUAUUUAACCCUCAUUCCAUCCCAAAGAGUUAUUCCCAUUUUACAGAUACAUAAAACAGAGACUUUGGGAAGUUAGUAAACUUGUUCAGUAUCACAAAGUUGUUUCCAGGAGGAAUAAGAAGGGUCCAGAGUGGGAGAGCAGCCCUUGGUGAAUGGGCACAGGAAGUGCCCAGCACAGUCAGAGGGAAGCAUACAGAUCCUUCAGGAAGGAAAGAAGGAAGAGGGUUGUCAAGAUGUGAUGAGGGCACCAAGGGACUCUGUGACCUCCUCUUUUCUGAAAUUGCUGGAGUGCACAGAUUAAAUGUGUCCUGCCAAAUAAGCAGGAAACCACAUGAGAGGAAAUCCUGAUCUCUUCACACAACGCAUGAAUUUGAGAAUCUGUGAUUUGAAUGAGUGUCAAGGACGUGACUGGAUCAGAAGGUCACUCAUCGUCACCUAGUAGCAAGCUGACCAUUGAUUGGCAAGGCAAUUUAUUAUUCCUCUUUUGUCAUCUCUUUCUAUCCCUCUACCAAGAGGUUUAUCCUGAAACUUUCCUUGGGGCCAGAGCACAUUCACCCACCUGAACAAGUUGCAUCGCUGCGGUGGUCGUCCAGAGUUUGCAUUUGUAAUAGAUGUUUUUUCCAACUACUGGUGACAUAUAAAACAAAUGUUAAUUUUAGUUUACAUAGGAAAUUGUUUUCAUCCCUUUCCCACAAUAAAUUUUGUAC